GUUUAUUGUGUUUUAAUACUCAUUUCUUAAGUAAUCAUUUCUAACUGGUUUCUGGAGGUUCUUUCGAAGAUAUAUAAUGUUUAAAUUCAAUUUUGGCAAACAAUCAUCUGAUUGUGAGAACAAAGAUCAUUCUGGGAAAAAAAAAGACGAAUUAACAUGGCUUCCAGCUAAAAAAAUUGAAAUUUUAUCAGACUGCGAAAAUGUGGAAUAUCUAACGAAUGAACGAUUUGGCCAAAUUGAAUUAAAACUUGUUGAUACUCUAGUUGUUGCAUCAAAGCUUACCACAGAUAAAUGCAAGAUCAUUUCUGAAGCAGAGUCACAACAUUCUGAUCUAAUCCCAGCCAAGUAUGAAGGUGGCUUAAAAAUUUGGGAAUGUACCUAUGAUUUGGCUAAUUAUUUGUUGAAAGAAAACGUUCCUUUCAGUGGUAAAACUGUACUAGAUCUUGGUUGUGGAGCUGGAGUGCUUGGUUUAAUUGCUCUUGCUCAAGGAUCAACAGUUGAUUUUCAAGAUUAUAAUGCUGAAGUUAUAGAGAAUGUCACUAUUCCAAAUGUAAUGAUUAACAGUAACAGAGAAUCAGCAGAAAAAUGUAGCUUUUAUUGUGGUGACUGGAAAUCUUUUGAGAAUCUUAUAAGCAAAGAUAGCAACAACAAACGUUACGAUUACAUUUUUACUAGUGAAACUAUUUACAACUCAGACAAUCACCAAAAGCUUUAUAAUAUAUUUAAAAGAACUUUGAAAAGUGAUGGAAUUGGAUAUAUUGCUGGCAAAAGUCUUUAUUUUGGGGUUGGUGGGUCUAUGAGCCAAUUUGUACAAUUAGUUUUGGAAGACGGAAUAUUCGAUGUCUCAACAGUGUGGAAAAGUGAGAUAGGUGUACAAAGAGAAGUCGUUAAGUUGCAAAGAAAAAACAGCGCUUAAAUGCAUCGAAUUAAAUUUGUUUGCAGCAAUAUAAAUAACAAUGUAAGUAUGUAAAAAUAUUUGCAUUUAAAACUAAAUUUAUAAUGUUAUA